AUGUUCGACAGCUCGCAGUACCCCUACAACUGCUUCAGCGAUGACGCUGAUGGCGGGGCCAGCAGUCAGGACAGGCCGCUCACCAGGCCUGCCUACAGCUGCCCCCUCCCCCAGGCGCUGACCCCUCCCCACAGCUACAUUGCUCUCAUCGCCAUGGCCAUCCAGCAGAGCCCAGCAGGCAGGGUCACUCUGUCUGGCAUCUACGACUUCAUCACACGCACCUUCCCCUUCUACCGCGCCAACCAGCGUGCCUGGCAGAACUCCAUCCGCCACAACCUGUCCCUCAACAGCUGCUUCGUCAAGGUCCCACGGGCUGAGGGCCAGGACAAGGGCAAGGGCAGCUACUGGACAUUCGCAGGCGGCUGUGAGUCCCUGCUGGACCUCUUCGAGAACGGCAACUACCGCCGCCGGCGGAGGGGGCCCCGGCGUGAAGGGGUUCGGGGUGGACGCAGAGGGGGCGCCCAGGACACCCGGGGGCCCCAACAGCCUGCUGGCACCCGUCCACAGCCCCCUGCCAGCCCCGCCACCCAGCCCCAGGAGCCCCCAGCCAUCAAGUUCAGCAUCGACUAUAUCCUCUCUGCCCCCCACCCCUUCCCCACACCCCCACAGCCCUGGGGGGCACUGGGGGGUGCUCCCUCCCUGUCUGGCACCCCAUGGGCUGGCCUCCACCCCUGGGCAAUGUGAGAUGGCCCCCAGCCAGCCAGGUUCCAGGGUGACCUCAGCCCCUCCCCCAGCCCAGAAGCCCGCUUGGCUGCUACCACAAACCACCCCACAGACUCACCUAGAGGAGCCAUUCCACAGAGAACCCAGCCUGACUGCAGGGCCUGGCCUAGAGAGAUGCCUGGAACCACCGGUCACUGCCAGAACAGGGGCCCAGAGGGCCCCCCAGGAAGCCAUCCUGUGAAGGGGUCUGGGGUCUGCCCAGAAGAGUGACAAGAGCAGAGGCCGGGUAGAUAUCCUUGCGUGCCAGGACUGGAUAUGAGGACUGCUGGUCACCACAGAUAUGGCCACCCACUGGCUCACUUUCCCCAGGGCCCUGCCCAGCUUCAGCUGGUCGUCAUGCUGAGGGGAACCAAACUUGGGGCCUCAGAGCCUUGGGCAGGACAGCCCUCUGCAGAACACCUGUGCU